AUGUUUCAAAAGAUUGCAACGGCUUACGAGACACUGAGAGAUGAAGAGAGCCGAUCAAACUAUGACUACAUGCUAGAUCAUCAAGAGGAGUACUACUCGCAUUAUUACCGCUACAAUAGACGACGAGUGGCCCCAAAAGUCGACAUUCGCGUCGUCAUCGUCAUCACUAUUACGCUAAUUUCCUUUAUACAAUCUCCAGCAGGCCUUAAGUGGUCAAGGGGUGCCAAGAAUCCCUGGAAAGUAUGCAGAAAUAUUCAGAAUGGCUCCUCUAUAGUACUUAGACUUGGAACGCUCAAUGUUGGAUCAUGA